UUGUAACUCUGUUUCUUUUUGUCCAGCAGGGAUGUGUUAAUAAUAUUUUAUAAGAAAUAAACUCAUAACCUUGUGAUCUUUGGACAGAAAUCUUAGAUUCAAGGGCGAUACAGAAUGGUCCUUCUAGGGAGAGAGGAACUCACAGAAGCUGAGAGCGUUUUAAAACAGCUUUUCCCUGAAUCCAUCAAGGUGUAUGGUUGCGUAUUCAACAUAAACCGAGGGACACCUCACAAUCUGGAGAUCGUUGCAGACAAAUGGCCAGACUUCAGUGUCAUUAUUUGCAAACCAAAGGUUAAGGGCGUCAAAGACCGAGAGGGAGAUUUUAACAUGUACAGCAUCUAUUCAAAGAGCAAAGACGCUUUGAAAGACCUGCUGAAAACACCUGGUGUGAUCCACACGGAUGCAUUCACGUUGUUAGCAGGGGUGGACAUCAGACAUUUAGCAGCGGUUCAGGAGUUUGCGGAUGAACAUGGAAUUCCCUGGAAAGUACAAUGUGUGAUGAAUGUGUUAAUGCUGCAGGACACCAGCCGGCUGUACUUUAAAGAGAGUUAUGCCGGACUGAGGUUUCCAGCGGUCAGUACAGCUCAUGCUCACCUGGUGAACAGCACAUGGAAAUACGGAGGAGACGCCAACAGCUACAACUCUGUGCUGAACUACAUUACCCACAAUCCCUCUCUGUGCGUGGUUGAGGAGGACGGAUCUGAGCCAGUCUCGUGGCUGCUUCUGUAUCAGCACUGUGCUCUUGGGUUACUCUAUACUCUCCCACAACACAGACGGAAAGGUUACGCCACAUUACUGGUGUCAAUCAUGUCCCAAAACCUCCUGGAGCGGGGAUACCCCGUGUACUGUUUCGUAGAGAAGGAGAACGAGCCUUCGCACAAACUUUUCACAUCACUGGGGUUUAAACAUUCAUCAGACUACAGGUCUGUGUGGUUUGAGCUAAAUAAACGAGAAGAAACAUGAUUCAAACCGUCCCUUCAAUUCACAGAACACUGCACAUUCAUUAAUAAACCGAUGUACAGUAACAACCUAUUCCUUAUUAAUGAUUCAUAUUAAAAUAUCAUAUUUGUUGUCAUUAUUGUUAACUAAAAUUAACAUGUUAUUUGUAAUAAAAUAAAACCG